AUGAGCCAGCAUCAACAGCAACUGCCCCAGCCACCACAGCCACCACCACCACCACCACAAUCCUCCUCCUCCCCCUCCUCAACACUUACCCACACUCAGAAUUCAGGCCACAAGGUUCGCAGGCCAAGGGCAGCCAGAGCAUGCAACCUCUGCCGCCUCAAGAAGAAUAAAUGUGAUGAGCUGUAUCCUUGUACUUACUGCAGGAACCGCAAGGUUGACUGCGUCUAUCAGGGGCAGGAUGUGACGAGAGGCCGGUUUACUCCAGAAUACGUCAAGAGUCUCGAGGAGCAGGUCCGCCAGCUCUCAGCCGCCGUCGAGGCACAAAAGACCGAGGCCGGCAGCCGCACCACUGCUGCUGACCGCUCCUCGCCCGCCCUGUCAGGCCUGGUAAAUGUCCGCUCCGCCUCCCAGGGCUCACCGGCCACGGAGGGGGGCCUACCCUCCUCGCCCAUGCGGUCACGCCCCGGGGCCCCAGCCAGCCAGGAGGUCACCGCCAUCAACAAGCACACCCGCAAUGUCGAGUUCUACGGCAGCUCCUCCUCCGUCGCCCUCCUCUCGCAGCUCCAGAGAGACGGCACGCGGCAUCCUCGCGACGCCGACGCCACGAGCGAUGAGCACUGCGAGUCUGACGCCGCCGCCGCCGUGCUGCUCUCGAGCCUUCACAACCCAGGCUUCUCCCCGUCCGAGGUUGACACGGGCGGGGCGGCCGUUACUCCCGAGACCGGCAUCGAGAAGCAGGUGUCCGUCGUCGAGUCCACCCACUAUCGCCAGUGCAGCGUCUUUUUGCACAACUUCUUCUCGUCUAUUCACUACAUCCAUCCCAUCCUUGACAAGACUUCUUUCCUCGAGCGGUGCGAGGUGUUGUGGUCCGGCGACGAGGCCGCCAUUCAGCAGCAGGCCAGCUUUGUGCCGCUGUACUACGCCGUGCUGUCCCUCGGCGCCCUCGUGGGAUAUCGGGAUGCCGAGCCUAUAGGCGGCAUCAGCAAUCAGCAGUGGAGCAGGAAGUUCUUCAUUGAGGCUAGGUCACGGUUCACCUCGCUGGAGAUUGUGACAGAUUUGGAGAUGGUCCAGUCUCAGUUUUUCUUGGCCAAGGUCUGCCAGAAUGAACUCAAUUCACAUUGGUCAUACUUUUUCACCGGCCUUGCCGGGCGGACAGCAGUAGCCAUGGGCAUCAACCGUCAGCCAGGUCCACAUUCCAAAAAGAGUGCCGCCCUGAUCAAAGCUGAAGCCAGAACAUGGUGGGCUCUAUACUCAUUAGAAGAAGAAUUAUCCUUCGCAAUGGGCCGCCCCAGUAGUCUAAGCUGCGACGAAUACCACAACCGCGAGUUCCCUUACACUGACAUAUCCGAACUUCCCAACCCCGCCGACCUUGCCCUCCUCGACCCUCCGUACUGCGCCAUCAUCCGCUGCAUGGUAGAUUUCUCGCGUAUCACCCGCCACCUGUGCAUCAAAGUUUACCUGACCCAGAACACCACCCCAAGGACCAUCGAGCUGGCCCAGCAGAUCGAGCAGACCCUCGACGAGUGGCUGGCGGGCCUGCCGACGAACAUCCGGCCGCUGCAGACCCCGGACCAGUCGAUUGUGAAUAGCAGCAAGGAACCGAUCUGGAUGAAGCGGCAGAAGCUUGUUCUAUAUAUACGCUACCUGAACCUGAGAAUCCUGACUUUCGGCUCCAUACUUCUCACCUCUACCUAUGCAGAAAGGUCUCACAUACCAGGGUCGUACGAAGUCAUCCAAAAGGGCCUCGACGCAGCCAAGAAGACCAUCGAGACCAUUCACGAGACAUACAAAUAUCACGAAUUCUUCCGCACAUGGUCAGUCCCCUCAUGCUAUUCAUCCUAUCCUCCACUAGAAAUGAUCAACCCGCCCAAGAUGCAACACCUCCUCCAGCACGUCACCAUGGCCAUCGAGGUCCUUCAGACCAUGGCAGACGAGUGCGUCGUCGCCGGCCAGCACACUCAUGUCCAUGGCGAGCGGCGGGACCGCGCACCCUCACCCUCACCCUCAUCACCACCCCGGGAUGGGCCAGCACCAUCUUAG